AUGGCAACUGCACCAUCUAAUAAGGAUGAAGCCCCAUUACUACAUAGGAUCGAGGGCCGUCGUAUUACAGUUGGUCGAGAGCAAACGGGACAUUCAAGCAUGAGGACAGCAAUUUUAGUUUGGUUGACUUUACAGAAUAGCAUUCAUACCUUACUCAUUAGGUAUUCACGUGCUAGAGAAGUUGAGGAAAUGUUCUUGUCUACUGUAGCAGUUUUCUUAACUGAAGUGAUAAAAGCUGUUAUAUGUUUGUGUCUAGUAGCAAAAGAAGAAACACCUCGAAAGUUCGCAAGAGCUCUCGUGAAUCAAGUAGUUAGACAGCCUAGGGAUACUUUGAAGGUCUGUAUACCGGCCAUGAUCUACAUAGUUCAGAAUAAUUUGUUCUACGUUGCUGCAUCUCAUCUUGAUGCUGCAACUUUCAUGGUUACGUAUCAAUUGAAAAUCCUUACUACUGCUGUCUUCACGGUUCUCGUUCUUCACCGUAAACUUUCUGUUCAGCAAUGGGGAGCUUUACUAUUCCUUUUUGCUGGAGUCGCGAUCGUACAAUACGAUCAGAAGAUGUCCAAUGAUCGUGAGCGUUUAGCUAAACUAAACAAUGCUUUGGAAACUACACAUCUUCCUAUCAAUCUCACAACGGUAGCUCCUCCACCAACAACAAUUUCGAUGACAAUGAGUACAUUAUUGAAAGAUGGAAUGGAAUCGUUCUCCGAGACGCGAACAAAGCGAGAAGUUAAUGAUGAGCAAAAUUCUAUUGUUGGAUUCCUCGCUGUUCUUGUUGCUUGUUUCCUUUCUGGCUUCGCAGGAAUUUAUUUCGAAAAGAUCCUCAAAGAUUCUGAUGUCUCAAUUUGGAUCAGGAACAUUCAACUUGCCCUACCAUCCAUCGUUUUUGCCUUGCUCUUCGCUUUCGUCAAAGAUAAUAGUGUCAUUUUCAAAGAUGGAGUUGAUCCAUGCUCAGUUUUCACAAAUAUGAUGUUUGGUUUUGACUGGGCAGUUUGGGUAACUAUUGGAAUUUCUGCAUUCGGAGGUCUCGUUGUUGCAGUGGUCAUCAAGUAUGCCGACAACAUUCUGAAGGCAUUUGCAACCUCGUUUGCCAUAGUUCUUAACUGUGUUCUUUCCUUCUUCUUGUUCGAUUUCCGCCCUACCGUAUUCUUCUUAGUUGGAGCUACCUUUGUAAUUGGAGCAGUUUUCGUCUAUAGUGUCUAUCCAUAUCGCUCGAAACAUCAGCCAGUGGCUGUUAGUGAGGAAGAUGCUGAACUUAAGGAUAUCAAGUCAACAGAAGGAAGCAAAUAG